AUGUUGGAUAAAGUUCAACUUUCAAAUACGGACGUACUUUAUCUCACUGAACGUUUACAAAUGAAAGAGCAUAUGAAUCGUGAAGAUACACUUAAUACCAUUGUCGAAUUAGAACACUUUUACACAUUUCUUAAAAAUAAUAACAAAGGAAUGGGUGCACCAUCACCAAUGGUGGACAAAGCAUGGCAUCAUCACAUCCUAAACACAAAAAUGUACAAUACUUUCUCGCAUCAGCAUUUUGGUAUAGAAAUUCUACAUCAUGUUCCUUUCUGGUCUGGUAAUAUAGCAGAUAUAGAGGAGAUGUGGAGUAUUGAUGCUGAACCUGCUCCAUUAGAAACGUACAAUGGCAUAACGGCUAUGCUUGGUGUUGACAAUGUGAAUAAAACAGUAUGGCUUAUCAGCAAAGAUGAUCUCAAUCGUUUUCUAUGA